AUGUCGAGGGCUCCCCCGGCGGAGUCAGGCCUCGGCCCGCUGAUGAUCUACGGAACUGCCUGGAAGGAGAACAAGACGGAAGAGCUCACCGAGUCCGCCAUGGAGCACGGCUUUAGUGGCGUAGACACGGCCAAUUACCCUACCGCCUACAAUGAGCCGCUGGCAGGGAAAGCCAUCGCGGCCGCUCUCCGGCGCGGCCUCAAACGCGAGCAUCUCUUCAUCCAGUCCAAGUUUACGCCAGUCUGGGCACAUGACAAGGACAGGAUACCCUUCAACCCGGACCAGGACAUCGAGGGCCAGGUCAGAGAGUCCAUUGCCCAGACCUUGAAGCACCUCGAGGUCGGCUACGUCGAUGCGCUUCUCCUGCACGUGCCCUUUGAAAAGGACGACGACAAUAUCACAGCGUGGAAGGUGUUUGAGACGUUCGUGCCCGAAAGGAUCCGCUACCUAGGCGUCUCCAACAUCCACCUGCCGCAGCUUCAGAGCAUCUACGCCGCCGCGACAGUCAAGCCCGUCAUCGUGCAAAACCGUUUCUACAAGGAGACCUCGUUUGACCUAGAUGUUAGGACGUUUUGCGCGGAUCAUUGCAUCACCUAUCAGGCAUUUUGGAUGCUCGCGCACAACCCCAAGGUUCUCGAGUCGGCCGUAGUUUCGUCCGUGGCGGACAAGCUGCAAGUAGAAAAGGGGCUGGCCUUCUAUGUAUUAAUUCUUUGUUUAGGAAAUACGCAGGUCCUCAACGGAACGACAAAAACGGAGCGUAUGGCCAAGGAUACGGAGACGAUUAAGCUAGUAUUCGAAGACGCUGUGCUUCUCAAGGAGCUAGAGCCGUCUGUGGCGGACUUCAAGAAGCUUCUCUGGGAACUAGCGAGCAAGAAUAACCAACGUUAA